GAGGAGGGCGGGAAGGUCGUGGUGGCAGGAAAGGCCGCGGACGUGACGGCGGUGGUAGCGGAGGUGGGAAGGGUCAUAGAGGACGUGGUGGAGGGAUGAACUGGGGUGGAGUAGGGUUGUCAUUGAGCUGCAUAGGCAUGAUGGAGUGUUCAUUGCAAAGGGGAGGGAGGACGCUCUUUGCACUAGGAAUUUGGUUUCUGGAGAGUCUGUUUAUGGUGAGAAGCGUGUUGUUGUACAGCUCUAAUGCUGUUACGGACCAAACAGCGGGUCGGAUUAUACAAGUGUGCCCCAAAACCCUAAACCUCAUUCUCUUCUAUAUAUUGACCCCUUCCCCAAACCCUCGUCUUCUAGCCCUUAUCGCCGCCGGCCUAUCGUUUUCUCUCACUCUCGAUCUCGAUCUUGAUCUUGAUCUCAUCGGUGAAAUGAGACCUCCAAGAGGCGGUGGGCGUGGUGGUGGGGGUGGAUUUAUGGGGGAGGAGUGAUGGAGG